UGCUUCAUAAUAGACCACUUUAUUCACCUACUAAAGAAGGUCCACCACCACUACAGUUUCGUUUCGUCAGUCAAAAAAAUAAAAAUAUCUUCACUAUUCUUUUUCAAACAAAGCUUUUUUCUCUGAGAAUCCGCGUCUAGUAAUGGCGGCGAAGCAAGGUUCCUUCAGGCAUGUAAUACUCGAGAAACGCGAGAGGCUUCUUUCUAAUAAUGGUUUCUCCGAUUUCAGAUUCACCGACAUCGAAUCGAACGAUCUUCUCGAAAACGAAAACUAUGGAAGAACAAGGUUUUGUUGCUGUUGUUCGUGUGGUAACCUAUCAGAGAAAAUCUCUGGAGUGUACCAAGAUGCUAAAGAUGUAGCGAGGAAAGCUUGGGAUAUGGGAGUAUCUGAUCCGAGAAAGAUCGUCUUCUCCGCGAAGAUUGGUCUUGCUCUGACGAUUGUUGCGCUUUUGAUUUUUUAUCAGGAACCUAAUCCGGAUCUUAGUCGAUACUCUGUUUGGGCUAUUCUUACUGUCGUCGUCGUCUUCGAAUUCACGAUCGGAGCAACUCUAAGCAAAGGGUUUAAUCGAGCGCUUGGGACAUUAUCAGCUGGAGGUCUUGCUCUUGGAAUGGCUGAGCUUUCGACACUAUUCGGUGACUGGGAAGAGCUCUUCUGCACUCUUAGUAUCUUCUGCAUUGGGUUUCUCGCAACUUUCAUGAAAUUAUACCCGUCGAUGAAAGCUUAUGAAUACGGGUUCCGGGUUUUCUUGCUUACGUAUUGCUAUAUUCUGAUUUCUGGGUUCAGAACUGGGCAGUUCAUACAAGUGGCUAUUUCCCGGUUUCUGCUUAUAGCUCUUGGUGCUGGUGUUAGUUUAGGUGUCAAUAUGUUUAUUUAUCCUAUAUGGGCUGGAGAGGAUCUUCAUAACCUUGUCGUGAAGAAUUUUAUGAAUGUUGCGACUUCCCUUGAAGGUUGUGUGAACGGAUACCUCCGCUGUGUCGAAUACGAGAGAAUCCCAUCCAAAAUCCUCACAUACCAAGCCUCAGAGGAUCCUGUUUACAAGGGUUACAGAUCAGCAGUUGAAUCAACCAGCCAAGAAGAGUCUCUGAUGAGUUUCGCAAUAUGGGAGCCACCACAUGGAAGAUACAAGUCAUUUAACUACCCAUGGAAGAACUAUGUCAAGCUCAGCGGCGCUCUCAAGCAUUGUGCAUUCACUGUCAUGGCAUUGCACGGCUGCAUUCUCUCAGAAAUCCAGGCACCAGAGGAACGGAGACAAGUUUUUCGGCAAGAACUUCAGAGAGUGGGCGUAGAAGGAGCCAAAUUGUUGCGAGAGCUUGGUGAAAAGGUGAAGAAGAUGGAGAAGCUAGGACCAGUCGACCUUCUCUUUGAAGUACACCUAGCUGCCGAAGAAUUACAGCACAAGAUCGACAAGAAAUCUUAUCUUCUCGUCAAUUCCGAAUGUUGGGAGAUCGGAAACCGAGCCACCAAGGAAUCAGAGCCUCAAGAACUGCUCUCCCUCGAAGAUUCAGAUCCACCAGAAAACCACGCGCCUCCAAUCUACGCCUUCAAAUCUCUAAGCGAGGCAGUUCUAGAGAUACCGCCGAGCUGGGGCGAGAAGAAUCAUCGUCAGCCGUUGAACCAUAGACCUACUCUCUCAAAACAGGUGUCAUGGCCUGCACGGCUUGUGCUUCCGCCGCAUCCGGAGACAACGAAUGGAGCUCCAACGUUGGUGGAUACGACAAAAACUUAUGAAAGCGCAAGUGCAUUGUCUCUCGCAACGUUCGCGUCUCUCCUCAUUGAGUUCGUUGCUCGGUUGCAGAACGUGGUCGACGCGUUCGAAGAGUUGAGCCAGAAAGCGAAUUUCAAGGAGCCGGAGAUUGUUACGACGACGACCGAUGUUGAAUUCUCCAGCGAAAAAGUCGGACUUGGCCAGAAGAUCCGUGGGUGUUUUGGGAUGUAAGCACUCAAUCUGUAACUGUAAUAAAGGUUAAUUUUCUGG